AUGGCUCGGCCUGACCCGUCCGCACCGCCCUCCCUGCUGCUGCUGCUCCUGGCGCAGCUGGCGGGCCGGGCGGCGGCUGCCUCCAAGGCCCCAGUGUGCCAGGAAAUCACAGUGCCCAUGUGCCGCGGCAUCGGCUACAACCUGACGCACAUGCCCAACCAGUUCAACCACGACACGCAGGACGAGGCGGGCCUGGAGGUGCACCAGUUCUGGCCGCUGGUGGAGAUCCACUGCUCGCCGGACCUGCGCUUCUUCCUGUGUUCCAUGUACACGCCCAUCUGCCUGCCCGACUACCACAAGCCGCUGCCGCCCUGCCGCUCCGUGUGCGAGCGCGCCAAGGCCGGCUGCUCGCCGCUCAUGCGCCAGUACGGCUUCGCCUGGCCGGAGCGCAUGAGCUGCGACCGCCUCCCGGUGCUGGGCCGCGACGCCGAGGUCCUGUGCAUGGAUUACAACCGCAGCGAGGCCACCACGGCGCCCCCCAGGCCCUUCCCGGCCAAACCCACCCUCCCGGGCCCCGCGGGCGCACCGGCCUCAGGGGGCGAGUGCGCCGCGGGGGGCCCGUCGGUGUGCAAGUGCCGCGAGCCCUUCGUCCCCAUCUUGAAGGAGUCUCACCCGCUCUACAACAAGGUGCGCACGGGCCAGGUGCCCAACUGCGCCGUGCCCUGCUACCAGCCCUCCUUCAGCCCCGACGAGCGCACGUUCGCCACCUUCUGGAUUGGGCUGUGGUCUGUGCUGUGCUUCAUCUCCACCUCCACCACGGUAGCCACCUUCCUAAUAGACAUGGAACGCUUCCGCUACCCUGAGCGUCCCAUCAUCUUCCUGUCUGCCUGCUACUUGUGCGUGUCGCUGGGCUUCCUGGUUCGCCUGGUGGUGGGCCACGCCAGCGUCGCCUGCAGCCGCGAGCACAGCCACAUUCACUACGAGACGACGGGCCCUGCGCUGUGCACUGUCGUCUUCCUGCUGGUCUACUUCUUUGGGAUGGCCAGCUCCAUCUGGUGGGUCAUCCUGUCGCUCACCUGGUUCUUGGCAGCUGGCAUGAAGUGGGGCAACGAGGCCAUCGCGGGCUAUGCACAGUACUUCCACCUGGCCGCGUGGCUCAUCCCCAGCGUCAAGUCCAUCACGGCGCUGGCACUGAGCUCCGUGGAUGGGGACCCGGUGGCCGGCAUCUGCUACGUGGGCAACCAGAACUUGAACUCGCUGCGCGGCUUCGUGCUGGGCCCGCUGGUGCUCUACCUGCUGGUGGGCACCCUCUUCCUCCUGGCGGGGUUCGUGUCGCUCUUCCGCAUCCGAAGCGUCAUCAAGCAGGGCGGCACCAAGACGGACAAGCUGGAGAAGCUCAUGAUCCGCAUCGGUAUCUUCACUCUCCUGUACACCGUGCCCGCCAGCAUCGUGGUGGCCUGCUACCUGUACGAGCAGCACUAUCGCGAGAGCUGGGAGGCCGCGCUCACCUGCGCGUGCCCGGGCCCCGACGCCGGCCAGCCGCGCGCCAAGCCCGAGUACUGGGUGCUCAUGCUCAAGUACUUCAUGUGCCUUGUGGUGGGCAUCACGUCGGGCGUCUGGAUUUGGUCCGGCAAGACUGUGGAGUCGUGGCGGCGCUUCACCAGCCGAUGCUGCUGCCGCCCGCGGCGGGGCCACAAGAGCGGCGGCGCCACGGCCGCGGGGGACUAUGAGGCGAGCGCCUCGCUCACGGGCAGGACCGGGCCGCCGGGCCCCCCCGCCGCCGCCGCCGCCGCCGCCGCCGCCUACCACAAGCAGGUGUCCCUGUCGCACGUGUAG